AUGUUUGCUGACAUGCAUUUUUCUAUAGCGACUCGAAAACAUGCUGAGGAGAUAGAGGAGUUCCUGCACGCUGAAUUUGGGACAAGAGAGCCAAUGACAAUCUGUUUAAAUCCAUCAAGAGCCGACCUUUCUGACAACUUUCGUGACCUGGCGCAUGCAGGAUGUUCUAAUGAAAAGUACUCCACACUUGUUCAUCAACGGGACAGAGGCAGAGUUACGUCGAAAUGCUUAGCAUUGCAAGAAUUUCCAGAGAUCGCGAAAGGGCCAUACAAACAACAUAAGGCAAAUCAGCUGACAGCGUUCGUGGACGCGAUGGAACAAGCUCUACGGCGACUACCUGAUGCUUUCACAAAAUACUUGAAAAUCGACAUCCUUUGCGUUGCUGGUGACGCAAAAGGACGCGGGUUGGGUAAGGAGUUAGUGCAGAGGGCCGUGAAAAUCGCUCGAGCGGAAGGAUGUGAAUGGGUGACAGCAGUAGCAACCGCAGCUGCAUCUCAGGCAAUUUUCUCACAGUUGGGAUUUAAGACGAUCUAUCAAAUCCCGUUUGCCAACUUCCGCGAGAAUGGAGUCGUUGUGUUUAACAACUUGUCUGAUGGAUGCAUUAGUGGAAAAUUAGUGGCACUACGACUGAAUGACUAG